CCACUCCCCUUCUUAUACCACCGCAGCGCUUCGCAGUGCAGCACCGCCCCCCACUUCACGCCUCCUCACAUGGCCAUGGCGCCCCCGUCACCCUUGGUCUCCCUAUCCGCGCUUCUCCUCCUGCUCGCCGCCGCUGCCUCCAGUGCCACCGCCAAGCCCGUCCAGACCCAGUCCCUCCUUGUCACCCCUCUCUCGCCCACACCUUUUUCUGCCUCAUCGGAAUUAGCUCGCGGCGACGAUAAGGACGUCUUCGCCGGGAACCUCGCCGCUGCCGAGGAUGCCACCCCUUCGACGGUCCAAUUCAGCGUGGUCCACCGGGAUGACUUCGUGGUAAAUGCCACCGCGGCCGAGCUGCUCGGGCACCGGCUGCAGCGGGACGGGAAGAGGGCGGCCCGGAUCUCGGCGGCAGCGGGCGCGGCCAACGGGACGCGUCGCACCGGCAGCGGGGUCGUGGCCCCCGUGGUGUCCGGGCUGGCCCAGGGGAGCGGGGAGUACUUCACCAAGAUCGGGGUCGGGACGCCCGCCACCCCCGCGCUCAUGGUGCUCGACACCGGCAGCGACGUCGUGUGGCUGCAGUGCGCCCCGUGCAGGCGCUGCUACGACCAGUCGGGCCAGGUGUUCGACCCGCGCCGCUCGCGCUCCUACGGCGCCGUCGGCUGCUCCGCGCCGCUCUGCCGCAGGCUCGACUCUGGGGGCUGCGACCUGCGCCGCAAGGCGUGCCUCUACCAGGUCGCCUACGGCGACGGCUCCGUCACCGCCGGGGACUUCGCCACCGAGACCCUCACCUUCGCUGGCGGCGCCCGCGUGGCGCGCAUCGCACUGGGAUGCGGGCACGACAACGAGGGCCUCUUCGUCGCGGCGGCGGGGCUCCUCGGGCUCGGCCGCGGCAGCCUUUCCUUCCCCGCCCAGAUCUCCCGCCGCUACGGGCGGAGCUUCUCCUACUGCCUCGUGGACCGUACCUCGUCGGCCAACCCGGCCUCCCACUCCUCCACCGUGACCUUCGGCUCCGGCGCCGUAGGCUCCACGGUGGCCGCGUCCUUCACCCCGAUGGUGAAGAACCCUCGGAUGGAAACGUUCUACUACGUGCAGCUCGUCGGCAUCAGCGUGGGCGGCGCGCGCGUCUCUGGCGUGGCCGACUCCGACCUCCGCCUCGACCCGUCCUCCGGCCGCGGCGGCGUCAUCGUGGACUCCGGCACGUCCGUGACCCGCCUGGCGCGCCCGGCCUACUCCGCGCUGCGCGACGCCUUCCGCGCGGCCGCCGCGGGCCUCCGCCUCUCCCCGGGCGGGUUCUCCCUGUUCGACACGUGCUACGACCUGAGCGGGCGCAAGGUGGUGAAGGUGCCGACGGUGUCGAUGCACUUUGCUGGCGGCGCGGAAGCCGCGCUGCCACCGGAGAACUACCUGAUCCCGGUGGACUCCAAGGGGACCUUCUGCUUCGCCUUCGCCGGCACGGACGGUGGCGUCUCCAUCAUCGGCAACAUACAGCAGCAGGGCUUCCGCGUCGUGUUCGACGGCGACGGCCAGCGCGUCGGCUUCGUGCCCAAGGGCUGUUAAUUUGAGCAGUAGUAGAAGUUAUGAGCAGCAACCCUUAAUUAGCGGAUAUGAGUGCGUCUUUGUUAGUAGUCGUAAUUUGAUUACGAGGGGUUUAAUUAUGGUGGGGAGCAUGCCUUUGGAUGCUGUAAAGCCCUGGCGGUGCGCAGAGCUGUCGGGUGUGUGUGCUUUGGGAGAGAGGAUAAGGUGGUUUGUUGAAGGCUGUAAAAGUGUUGUGUUAAAAAAAUGUCACUGCAACGAGCCCUUGGCGAUUCUUAUGUGUUGCUGUAUUUUUAACUGCUCUAAACAUGUGACCCUGGCCUGGGGCUUGUUUU